AUGGACUUGGAGAAAGCCAACACCCUGCUCUGCGCCACGCCAUUGACCAGCGCAACAACACCACAAGCACGAGAGAAAUCCGCGAAGCUUGUUGCUCUUGAGAAGAACGAGAUCAUGCUCACCUUGUGGAAGAAGCAUCACACGAACAUGCAGCUGGCGUGGCCUGGUCCGAGGAGAAGUGCAGAGAUCAAACGCUUCCUCCGGCGGUGCCGCAUUGACGACAAGCACAAUAUCCCAACGACCAUGGCAACGACGUCCACGUUGUUCGAUGUCCGCGAGCUGAGACGGUCGAGCGACAUCUGCAUCACGAUCGCAAAGGCGGACAACCACUGGAGACUGGACUUCAGCGCUGCUUGGAACACUCGGGAUCCGCUCCUCGCCAAUACGCAACACGGCAGUACACCACAUACGACCGAGCCGAGAAUGGCAACUUGCUCAUUCGAGAAGAAGACUGGAUAUCGCUGGGAUGGAAGAGCAAGCAAGAGCAGGCAGUGGAGGUUUGCAGAGUCGGGGCAGGCACGACCAGACACAACCAAGGCAUGCGCAGUUCAAGGGGAGUCGUCAACGCAUGGCGUACAGCAAGGUAGACCGUGA